AUGUCUCAAGAAACCCAAGAAGCCACAUCGUCUUGUUUAAAACGAACCCAUUAUUGUGGGGACCUGCGCUUAACCGAUGCGGGUACGACUGCGCAGAUCAACGGUUGGGUCAAACGCCGUCGAGAUCAUGGUGGAGUCAUCUUCGUUGAUUUACGCGACAGGACAGGCAUCACGCAGGUUGUCUUUGAUCCACAGAUUGACGAAAAGGCGCACGCGCUCGCAGAUGCUGUCAGAAGUGAAUAUGUGUUUGAAGAUGUGGGGGGAGAAGAUGGUCUCAGCAUUUACCAAGGCACGGUCAAUCCGGAACUUGACACGGGUGAGAUCGAACUCGCUGUGGAUUCUCUGAAUAUUCUGAAUACUGCCAAAACGCCGCCGUUCCCUGUUGAAGACGAUAUCGAAGUUGCAGAAGAUAUCCGGAUGCGUUAUCGGUUUAUUGAUUUACGCCGUCCCGAGAUGCAGAAGACUUUAGCGAUGCGGCAUAAAGCAGCACUUGCAGCACGCAAUUAUAUGAACGAGCAGGGCUUCCUUGAGAUUGAGACACCUAUUUUGAUGAACAGCACGCCUGAAGGGGCACGCGACGUACUUGUUCCAAGUCGUCAUUAUCCCGGUAGGUUCUAUGCACUCCCACAGUCACCGCAGCAGUUUAAACAGAUUUUGAUGAUGAGCGGUGUUGACAAAUAUUUCCAGAUAGCACGAUGCUUCCGAGAUGAAGACACCCGUUCCGAUAGACAGUUGGAAUUUACGCAGCUUGAUAUUGAGAUGUCAUUCGCAGGAGUGGACGAUGUGCUUGAGGUGACCGAGGGGUUGAUGAAACGAAUAUUUGAGGAGGCGGGUGAUAUUCCCGUCCAAACGCCAUUCCUACGGCUCCCCUAUCACGAAUCGAUGGCACGGUUCGGGAACGACAAACCGGAUACGCGGUUCGGUAUGGAACUUACCGAUCUCUCGGAUGUCAUGGCAGAUUGUGAUUUUCAGGUAUUUACACGCACCUUGUCCGCAGGUGGACAGGUCAAAGCCAUUGCAGCCCCAGGGGGUGCGAACUUUUCACGCAAAGACAUCGACGACCUGACGCAAUUCGUUGCUACCUACCGAGCGAAAGGACUGGCAUGGGUUAAAGUCACGACAGAGGGAUUUGCAUCGGGUAUCGUCAAGUUCUUCACAACAGAACAACUUGAAACAGCACAGGAGAGAACAGGCGCGAAACCUGGUGACAUCAUGUUCUUUGUCGCUGACAAGCCGAAGGUUGUCGCCGAUGCUCUCGGUAAUCUCCGCCUUCAUCUUGGAAAAAAACUUAACCUCAUUGAUGAAACACAAUACAACUUCUUGUGGAUUGUUGACUAUCCCCUGUUUGAGUGGAACGAGGAUGAGAAUCGUUACGAACCCUUCCACCAUCUGUUCACCGGAGGGACAGAGGAGACUUUACCGUUAUUAGAUACGGAUCCGGGGAAAGUUCAGAGCCAACACUACGAUCUCGUGUGCAACGGAUACGAGAUCUGUAGCGGAAGUGUCAGAAUCCACCAGUGGGAUAUCCAACAGAAGGUUUUUGAGGUUCUGGGCAUCACGCCGGAAGAGGUCGAAAGCCGGUUUGGCUAUUUCAUAGACGCAUUGGCGUAUGGCACACCGCCGCAUGCAGGCGUUGCUCCAGGUUUAGACCGGAUUGUCAUGCUGAUGCGGAACGAAGAAAACAUCCGCGAGGUCAUCGCGUUCCCGAAAUCGCAACAGGGACUCUGCCCGCUCACGCAUGCGCCGUCUGUUGUAACGGAUACGCAACUGGAAGAGUUGUCGAUUCGCGUUGAUGCGGAACUUUAG